UUUAAAGAUUUUGUUGCUGAUCUAAAAUUUGUAGAAAGUUCAGAGCUUUCCAACAAAUGUAUAUGUGGAUUUAAGUUUUCCAGCAUCACAAUUGAUCCAAUAAAAUAUCUAUUAUUCUUGUUUAACAAUCUAAAGGAAAAAAAUGUUACAUUCAUCAAGCAGAAGGUCAAGAAACUUGAAUUAGAUUCAUUUGAUGGUAUUGUUAUUGAUUGUGAUAAUACUGAAGUUGAACCAGAAAUUAAUAAAAAAUAUAUAAGUCUUGUUAAGUCUUAUUUUGAUAAAGAUAUCACAUUCAAUAAAUCAACUGUUGAGCUAAGACCUUAUAGUAAUGAGAACUUGAUUUAUUUUGAUAGCAAAUUCUAUCAUACAACUAGGCUUAGUAGAAAUGAUUAUUAG